AUGACUUUAAGUUGUAUCAAUGUUAUGGGAAAACCAAUGCUUUUAACAUGUGAUACAUAUGCAACAUCGGCAACAUGUGGUAGUGGAACAUCAUCAACAGAAGGUAAUAGUGAUUGUGAUACAUGUUGCAAUAGUUUAUUAGAACGCAUGUUCGAUUGUCCACCAUGCCGUUAUUUUGUUCUUAAUAAUCGUCAACAAGGUGCAAGCUGUUUUUGUACAGUUUGUUUUAAACAACUACGUCAUCGACGUCGUCAUCAUCAACAACAAAAUGAGCAAGAUAUAUACCCCCGUUUUGAUGUUUAA